UUGUGAAUUGUAAACUUAAUUAUUUUCCUAUUAUCCGUAAUUUAAUGUUGACUUAGCAUAUGUGCUAAUGCGUAAUCUAUUUUUACUAAUAGACUCAAAUUAUAAAAUUUUGUAUGUAAUUGUUCAAUUAUAAACUAGUUUAAUGUUUGUUGCAAAACUUUUUAUUCUCGAAUUUUGUUUCUGUGAGUGAUAAGUAGGAGAUUCCAAUAUUAUUAUUAUGUUUUCUAACGGUAAUUUGGGACUCAGGUAGAGUUUUGAAUCAAUGCGGGGUUAAGUGAACUCACCCUCCUAACCGGACGAAGUGGGGUCCCCUCCCUUAUGUAGGGGAUGUUAGGGUAGACAAAGGGUAGUCACCCCUGUGCGGAGGGGAGCUCAGGCCUUGGGCGACCGUUGGAAAGGAAGGGAUAACUAUUUCAAGAUCGGCGUUUCCCCUCUACACUAUAGUUCGCAGUGAAUGUGAGAAAGUUUUAAACUUUUACAUAAAGUAAAGUGUGCCAUAAUAUAACAUCUGACAUGGAAACCAAGGUGGAAGAUAUGAAAUCGGUGGAGGAAAUCAUCAAACGGAAUUUGAUGGGAAGGACAAAAUUCGCGAAGAUAAUCCACGAAGUAGAUGGCGCUGUUAGAUUUGAAUGUAUGGAAUGUCCCGCGCAAUACUACGACAAGGAGAAACUGGAACUCCAUCUCUGCGAACACAACAACGAGUAUAGAUAUCUUUGCGGCAUCUGUGGAACUGGGUUGAAACGUAAGGAGCAUUUGGAGAGACACAUGCAGGGUCACUUGGAGGUUCGACCUCACACCUGCCACGUGUGUAGCAAAGCCUUCAAACGUAAAGAGCAUCUGAACAUACAUCUUGCUAUACAUAGCGGCGGGAAACCACUCGAGUGCGAAGUCUGCCAAAAGAAUUUUUAUCGCAAAGACCACCUACAAAAGCACAUGUUAACACACAACAAGCACUUCCUCGGGGACAUGCUGGAGCGGCUGUCGGAGAGAGAUGGUGUCACCAUCAAGCAAGAGAUAGAAGAAGAAGAAGAUUACCUGACCCCCAUCAUCACCAGUGUCUCAGGGAGCGUUGGCGAGACGAAGAUUAAGAUGGAGGUACCUGAUAUGGAAGAUUCAGAAGGCGAGCAACACGUGGUACCUGUUCCCGUGAUCAACGACAGCGUGUACCAGAAGAUGAGGCCGUUUGUCUGUACCAUCUGCAACAAGAGAUAUAAACGACGAGAUCAUCUAAAAGUGCAUUCCAAAACUCAUACGAAAAAGACUAAAGUGUGCUCCGAGUGUGGGCUAGCGUUUCACUUCGAAGGCCAGCUGCUGUCGCACAUAAACUCUGUGCAUAUUCAGGCGUACAAGCUGCAAGGCGACACCAACAGUAUCGCCAGGCUGAAGAUCAUGCUUGGAAACAAAGCGGAGCUACUCAUGACGUCUAAUGGUACAAACUUGUUGGUGCCAAGGGGCAAGAAAACUUCUGAGGAGAGGCCGCACGUGUGCCGCAUCUGCAACCGCAGGUUCAAGAGGAAACAGCACCUGAAGGUGCACGGCAACGUGCAUAUGCGAGUCUCACAGCCCACUAUAUGGUGCUCGCUUUGUAACGAAGGUUUCUACGCCAACAGUGAGUUCGAGCGUCACCGAUGUUUGCCGUGGGAGCGAGACCCCGAGGCUGUGGCCAGUGCGGGGGGUGCGGGGGGCGCGGGGGGCGCCAACAGCGAGGCCAAAAAAGAAAAUAUAUGCUCACAGGAUUUCGUCGAAGUGAUAGAAGAACCCCAAGAAGAGAACAAUAGCAUAGAAGAGCCGGAGUACCUGGUGAGGGAAAGUAGGGAUGUUGGGAGGGCGGGGGAGGGCGCGGAGGGGGAGGUGGCGGAUGAAGUGGACCUGCCGGUGCCGCGGCGCGUGUACGUGUGCAAAUACUGCACGAAGCCAUUCAAACGGAAGGACCACUUCAAAAUACAUCUUCACAUACACACCGGUAUCAAGUCCUUCUUCUGUGCUGUUUGUGGGAAAGGUUUCUACCGCAAGGACCACCUGCAGAAGCACACGCAGGUGCACAGCAGGACGCGGCCGGCGCGCCGCCAGCUGCCCGACCUCUACCCCAUCAGUAUGCUCAACAAAGAAGUCGUGCCGGAAAUCACUAUACACGCACCAUCAAAUACGAAACUGCGUGUACCGUUACAAAUAAAGGUACCGUACCAAAUGGUGAUGUCGAUGGACAAUGGUGAACAACGCGCCAUCACCAUCGACCCUCAGGCUUCUACCAGGCUACAAUGAACUCGGUACUCAGAGACAUAAGUGACAGUAUCUCUCCCUAAGUGUAAACAAGAUUUAAGUGCGGUAGUUAGAAAAUUUUAUCAAAUAGUUGUUAUAUUUUACGAUAACUGUCUACCCCAAAAGUGGUAUGCACAAUAUAAAGCCGUGUUAUCGUGUUUAUGAACGACUAAUAUAUUUUUAGAAAUAAUUGGUUCGCAUUUUGUUCUUUCCUUCAA